AUGCCUUUCACCGCUUCGGACAUCUGCAAGAUCAUCAUCGCUAUCAUCCUCCCCCCUCUGGGUGUUUUCCUGGAGAGAGGAUGUGGUGCCGACCUCUUGAUCAACAUCUGUUUGACCAUCCUGGGAUACCUUCCCGGUAUCAUUCAUGCAAUUAAAGAGGCGGUGCGAAUCGAUAUCCAGACCGGUGUCAGCAUGGUUCCGUGGAGGUCCGGCUCAGACUAG